AUGGAUCCACACGACGCCGACGCCAACCCGCGCGGAUAUAUCAACCUCGCGGUCGCGCAGAACCACCUCACGAUCGAGCCCGUGCAGUAUCGCCUCCGGCAGUCGUUCGUGGACGCGCCGCUCCCAGACAGCGCGUGCGGGUACGAUAACAUGCGCGGCAGCGAGCGCCUUCGCGUCGCGAUCGCGAAGCACGAGACGCGCAUGUUCGGCGGCGACGUCAGCCCCGAACAGCUGUGCGUCAGCGCGGGCGCGGGCGCCGUCAUCGACAACUUGUUCAUGGCCAUCGCGUCCGAGGGAGACGGCGUGCUGAUCCCCGCGCCGUACUACCCCGCGUUCGAUAACGACCUGAGGGUGAGGAACGGCGUGCGCGCGAUCGCGGUGCACGGCGACGACGCGGCGUCGUUGCCGACGCCGUCGCAGCUCGCCGACGCCGCCGAGGCGGCGGAGGCGAAGGGCGUGAGAAUCAGGGCGCUGCUGAUCACGAACCCGUCGAACCCGUUGGGGGUCGUGUACACGCAAGCGGACCUCGCGGAGAGGAUCACGUGGGCGCUGACGCACGACCUGCACUGCGUCGUGGACGAGGUCUACGCGAGCUCGGUGUUCAACUUUGAUCGGAAGACGCGGCCGGAUAAAAAGUUUGCCUUUUUCUCCGCGUUAAACCUGGAAAAGUCCGGAUGCCUCGCCGUGCCCUCCGCGAAGUGCAAGACGUACCUGCACCACGUCUACGGCAUGAGCAAAGACUUCUGCGCGAGCGGGUACAGGAUCGGGGUGCUGCGCACGAGGAACGAGGGCGUGUUGCGCGCGAUGGACAACGUCGGAUACUUUUGCGCCGUCCCCGGGCCGAUGCAACACGCCGUCGCGGAGAUGUUAGAGGACGAGGAGUGGGUGGACACGUUCAUCGCGCACAACGCGGUGGCGCUGGCGGAGUCGCACAAGGUGUUAACGGACGCGCUGAAGGCGUUUAACGUGCCGGUCGUUCACGCGAUCGCGGGGAUGUUCGUGUGGAUCGAUCUGAGCGGGUGGUUGAAGGCGCCGACGUGGGAGGAGGAGCGCAGGCUGUGGACGGCGGCGACGGAGGAUCCGCGGUGUAAGCUCGUGAUGACGCCGGGGAGGGACUGCAAGUGUAAGACCCCGGGGUGUUUCAGGCUGUGUUUCGCGGCGGUGCCCCCGAAGACGCUCGAGGUGGCCGCGGCGAGGCUCAAGGCGCUUCUCGAGGCGUACGAGUGA